UGUCAAGUUUACAGCUGUUGAAACUUUCAAAAUGCUCCGCAUUGCGUCCGUAGAUCUGUCAUCGUUUUUACCGCUAGAAUCAGCUGUAAUCCACCUGUGAUGUUUCUAUAUACGUUCCAGUACUUAUUACUACCAUAUAAAUUCGGAUCAUCGCUUACUUGUAUCGAAUUACGAUUAAGAAACUUAUAAGCUACUCCUUUUACAAUCGCAUUGACAUUUUUAUAUUUGCGAUUAGCCGUGUAAUAUAAUACAACAUGGACAAUUCAAAAAUCGAUGACUUGGGUGAAGCGGGCGAAUUGAACGAGAGUCAUGCUAAUGAGGAGAAUGUGCAAGAUUUGCAGGAGGAGACCGAUAAUGCCUUGCACGCGGGUGACGAGGAGCAGCGAGAGAAGUUACUGCGACUACCCCUGGGAAGAAUAAAGACAAUCAUCAAAAUGGAUCCCGAGGUCACUUUGGUCAAUCAGGAGGCUGUCUUUCUGACAGCGAAAUCAGUGGAACUUUUUAUCGACUCGCUUGCGAAGGAAGCUUAUAAAUACACUGCGCAAGCAAAGAAAAGGACUGUUCAAAAACGCGAUGUGGAAAGCGCGAUUGAUAACGUCGACGCGCUUGUAUUUCUAGAAGGUAUGCUCGACUAAAAUGAACUCGACUAAGUAUAACUCUAUAAUGUAAUUAUUACCCAUUACUAUAAAGUUGGACAAAUUGUAUUAUAAAAAUAUAUUUUUUUACUCUAUUAAUAAAAUAGCAGAUAAUACUAA